CCCGCAAGCACCCUCCCGGGCUCCACCUACAACCUGUAUCGCUCUCUAUGAUUGCACAUCUCUAUCCACACAGAUGACAUCGGUCUGAUGCGGCGCUUCUCGACUUCUGCCCGCCCGCAACUUCCCACGUCUUUGACCCGCUCGCUCACUGCGCCGCGGGUGCUUGGUUUGAAGCAGUACCAACGGACCAUCACUGACGUCCGGCCACGGCAAGCAUCCGUCUCGCGCCAGUGGUUCACCAGCUCCUCGCCAUGUAACUAUCCGGAGCUCGACGAGCGCGAGCAGCAGCGCCUGAAUGAACGCAACCUCAAGCUGGGGACUACUAUUAGAGUACUACACGACCGCCUACCAACACUACUCGCGUCGCCAUUACCGCAAGAUAUCCUCUCGCCGCACAUCAGCCUCCACUUAUUUCCCUCGACGCACCCUCAUCUCCCAACCGUAAGCGGAAAGAUUGCAUACACAGCAGCGCUAUGGACAGCACCAGUCGCAUGGGGUAGAGUGCCUGUAGUGGGCAACGUGAAGCUCAAGAUACUGUCUGCGCGCAUGGUGAAGAACGGUGGCACAUCCAAGCCUGCGCAACUGCGCAACGAGAAGCUCAUUGUGAAAUGGCGGACCUGCGGCAAGUCGGAUGAGCAGAAAGAGAAUGGACAGGCCAGCGACGCGGUGGAGAAGAUUACGAGCAUUGUCGGCGGGUCGAGUCAGCCGCAUGAGCAGUUUGCCGGCCUGUUCAUCUUCGAGUUCGAUGAGGAGGGGCGCAUCCUGAACCACAUCAUCGAGCAUACCGACGAAGGGCGGCGCUGGGACCAAACUGCCAAAGUGCUAAGCGUGACUGACUGGCUCCUCGGACGAGCAUGGGGAAGACGCGAAGAGGGCAGCCCUAGCCUAGCAUUUGUGAGAUGCGGCAGCGAGAAGCCGAGAGAUGGCAGCCGAGAUGGAUGAUGGAUGAUGCCCGUGGACGCAUCACUUCUGGUAGCGAAGGAGAGGAGCAUGAUUCGCUUAUUCGUGUAAAUAUAUCCUAGUCACAGCGGGAACUGUCACCACUCCAUUGUACACAAUAUGUAAUGACGAACUAUGUUAUUUUUCUGUAGAG